UUCUUGUCUUUGCAGUUGUGGAGCACAGUGUUGAAUGAGAAGCCCGUGCGCGCGGGGUGGCGAUGGCCGGCUUCCUGGAUAACGUCCGCUGGCCGGAGUGCGAGUGCGUCGACUGGGGCGAGAGGAGGAACACGGUGGCUUCCGUGGUAGCAGGCGUGCUGUUUUUCACAGGCUGGUGGGUCAUGAUCGACGCGGCCGUGGUGUACCCCGCGCCGGGGCAGCUGAACCACGCCUUCCACACCUGCGGGGUGUUCUCCACGCUGGCCUUCUUCAUGAUAAACGCCGUGUCCAAUGCUCAGGUGAGAGGCGACAGCUACGAAAGCGGCUGUUUGGGAAGAUCAGGUGCUCGAGUCUGGCUCUUCAUUGGUUUCAUGCUGAUGUUCGGGUCACUCAUUGCUUCCAUGUGGAUCCUUUUCGGUGCAUAUGUUACCCAGAAUACUGAUGUUUACCCAGGGCUGGCGGUGUUCUUUCAAAAUGCACUUAUAUUUUUAAGCACUCUUAUCUACAAAUUUGGGAGAACUGAAGAGCUGUGGACCUGAGAUCACCUCCUAAGUCACACUUUCCUCUGUCACGUUCUAUUUGUAGAUACGUUUUUUUAUCUUUUAAUAUAGUUUACACAUUGCCAAACGGAACAGACUGUACAUUAAAUGUUGUGUUUCUUUCCACUUUUAUGCUCUGAAUUUGGAAA